AUGUCCGAGUCGUGUGCAGUGCGAGCAGCAGGCCUCUGCAAGGUGCCCGGCACACGGCCAGACUGGCAGGGGCAUAACGAAAGUGAAGGUGUGCACAGCGUAAGGGGGUCCUGCGUGCCACGGGACACAAAUGAACAGAUAUACGUCGAUCAGACGGUCGGUAUAAAUUCCAACAAAGCUACCCACGGUACCUCGAUUGACAAACAAAGAUUUGCAGUCAGUGUUGAAAGCGGGACGGCCGAAUCGGAAUGCAACGACGACGCGAAAGCGACGAACGAUGCCGUUAAAAAUACAACCGACGAAGCGGCAGGAAAGUGCGCUGACAAAACGUCACCGCAACGGCGGCACGCUGCCAACGUGGCGAUCGUCGCCGCACCGGCACCGCGCUCUCUUGCGGCAGAGGACUGCGGCAAGUUUCACGGCUGCCAGCCGAGAAGAGAUUGCUCGCCGGCGCCGAUCGCGGACGCUCGCCCAGAGAUGCCGAGCGAGCAAGGAGCACCCGGCGAGCGCGUUGGAGUGGCGGAGCGGAGGCCAGCGGGCGACGUCUGCGGGGGGCGAGGCGAGGACGAGCGGGAGGCGUGCUGGGAGCUGCACUCGCUGCUCAAGAGGCUCGGCAAGCGGAGAAGGCGGCUCGCCUCGGUGGACAAAUUCAUCACCCGACGCCUGCUGCUGGAGGAGGACGGAGGCUGUCGAGGAGCUCGCUGUGAAGGGACGGGGCCCGAGUCCUCACCUCCCCAGCAGACUUCCACGGUCCGCAAGGAGCAGGCGCUGAGCGAGGGACCUGAAAACGUUCAGACGAAACGCCAAGGACGUCUUGCCAGCAGGGGAGCUUUGACAGAACCACCGCGGCCCAGAGAGGAACGGCAUCCGUCCGACGUGGAACAUUCACCUGCGAGUGACCCGAGCGAAAAAUGUGAGAGUCCUCACCGGUUUUAUAUGGGACACGUGUCUGCGGAAGGCUGUGAUGGAAAUGUGGACAGGCAUCACGCGUGCGAUAUAAAUAAUGUGUCGACUGAGGCUUCUGAUGAGCAUCUUGAAGGGCAUUACCUGACUCCUGUUUAUGAUGCCUCUGUGGACCUGCUUAAGGAAAAUUUGGAAGAAAGUCCUGCAUUAGAUAUGAUGGAUUCAUCUACACAGGAUCUUGAUGAAACAUUUGGUGGAACUCACCAGAUUUUAAGAGAAGACGUUCCUGGUAGAGGUGCCGAUACAUGUUUAUCAGAAGACCACCCGGCUAUUGCAGGACACGAUUAUGAAAAUUGUUCUGAUGGAAAUCUGGAGGACCAGCAUGCCUUCAAUGUGACGCAAGCAUCUACAGAAGGUCACCAUGAACAUUUACAGGAAUAUCUCCUGACUCUCGUAGAAUACUUGCCUGUGGACGAUCCCAACAGAAACCUUGAAGGGUUCUAUACGUGCGAUAUCACUCGCCCAUCCGCAGAAGGUAAUCAGGAGAUGCUGCAAGGACAGCACGCGACUGCUAACGAACGUGUAUCUGCAGAGAAUCUUGAUCAGAAUAGUGAAGCCAUAUUUUCGCACAAUGUCUUAAGUUUAGAAACUCAAGAUUAUCAAAAUACCAGUUUGGUACUGGACACUGCAAUACAUCCCAUUGACAAAAUAUUGCAACGGGCACCAAACGAAUCGCAAGUCGUCCCUGAGGAGGUGGGAACGAGGCCUGACGAAUGGAAUCAGAACCGGGCGUUAAAGCCAGCUGUGUGGACGACUACCGACGACGACGACGACGACGACAGAGGUGCGAGCGAACCUCCGCAGAGCGAUUCGGAGCACGCGUCAACUAGCGAGGGUGCAUCGGGCGGUCAAAGCACGCUUGGCAAAAAGUCAAGCGAAGGCGAUAAAAACCCUGGCAGAGGAGCGGACGUCGGUGCCGGUGGACGCGUGCCAAAAACGAAAGCCACGUCGGCCUCUCGCGGGUGGGGCAGGACGGAGCGAGCGUGCGCGCCGUCAACGCGCCGCAGAGCCGCCGCUUUCAGAGAGAACGCGCUGAGGCUGCAGCUCCUCGCGGGCGAGGACUCGGCCAGGUUCGGUGGCUACCGGCCGAGAGAGAAGGAGGGCGCUCCCGUGCUGCCCAAGAGGUCGACGAUCGCUGCUGCGGGAACCACGGCGGUGGCGGCGGCGGCGGCGGCGCCGUUAGGCAGUGGAGAAGAAGUUGUGCUCGCGCCAGCUUUGGCAGGGGAGCCUGGCGAGCGAGUUCGGUGUUUGGCCGUCGGGCCGGAGGAAAGAAGUUUGAAUUUGGCGCAACCGAGGGGGGAUAGCGGCGAGUUAAAAGCGCUGCUGAAGAGGCUGGAGAGAAGGAAACAACAGCUUGCGAUGGUGGAGGGUGCUCAUCGUAAAUGAUCACGUCCAGGACUUAAUUUCUUACUCAGUAUUUCACAGGUCACCAGGACACUGGAGUUAGGCACCUGACCAGUAGCCACAGUCAUUGCCAGAGGUAUACUGGAUGCGGUGUGCUGGGGCGUGGAAGUAAUUACCGGGUCGCUGAGCCGGAAAGGCCCGACUGAAAAUAAGGCUUGAUAAUGUCAUUCUAGAUUUGAAGUUGUCGUGACUGCAAGGGUCCAUACUCUUUGGAUAAUGUCAUAUUUGUAGUGUUCUAUUGUCCGCGAUACAGUUUGUUUCAGCGAGAAUGCCACUUGCUGGAUUUUAGAAAGUUCUUAGAAUAGUUUCGUUUAACUCUUAAAACAUUUCAUGUUAACGUUUCAUGUUGACGUUAAUUUAUUCUGAAAUAAAUAUGUCGCAUAAAAUAUAUUUAUAUGUUGAAAAAUAAAUGUUGUGCGGAUUAUUUUUGAGUCAUGCCAAUAGUAAAAAGAACGUAUUUUGUAGAGAAGGGAUUUAUGAUGCAGUAUUUUGUAAAAAAAAAUAUAUAUAUACCUGGCACAUACACUUUGAGAAUCUUAACGUAUGAUUUGUAAAGUA